AUGCUGGUGAACCUAAUCUUGUUGGGGGCUGCUAAACCCCCACAUAUUAUAUUCAUGGUGGCCGACGACUUGGGAUGGAACGAUGUUGGUUGGCACAAUGACCAGAUGUUCACGCCCAACCUGGACAACAUGGCCCGUGCCGGCGUUAUCCUCAACUCCUCAUACGUGCAGCCCGUCUGUACACCGUCAAGAAACUGCUAUAUGACUGGAUACUACCCCUUCCAUACUGGGCUUCAGCAUGCCGCCAUUUUCCCGAACCAACCCGAGUACCUGCCGGCCAGAUUCACCACGUUACCCCAAAAAUUGAAGCAGCUGAAUUACACCACCCACAUGGUUGGAAAAUGGCAUUUGGGUUUUUGCGACUGGAAGUACACACCAACGUACCGUGGGUUUGAUUCCUUCAUGGGCUUUUACAGCGGCCGUGAAGAUUACUAUACACACAUGAUAGGUAAUACUAGAGACUGGAAUGGAUAUGACUUCCGGUUCAAUACUUCCGUGCACCGACCGCCGGACGGGGAGUAUUCGGCGAAUGUGAUAACUGCGCGGGCAAUAGAGAUACUGGAUUCUGUGGACCCAGUGAAUGACCAACUCUACCUCUAUCUACCCUUCCAGUCCGUACACGCCCCACUUCAGGUACCUCAACAAUAUGAAGACAUGUAUGCAAAUAUUUCAACCAAGGCCAGGCGAACCUACUGUGGCAUGGUUUCUGCACUGGACGAGGCGGUCGGAAACAUCACUUCCGCCCUAAGAGACCGGGGCUUCAUGGACAAUGCUCUCAUCGUCUUUACCUCUGACAACGGCGGUGCGACGAACAUUGCCGCGAACAAUCUGCCGCUUAGGGGCUCCAAGACGACGCUAUGGGAGGGCGGCACGCGAGGGGCGGCCUUCGUCUACAGCGACAACCUCCUCAACAAAACCGGAUACACCAACAACGAAUUGAUUCAUGCUGUGGACUGGUUUCCAACAUUUCUCACUCUCGCAGGAGGGGCACCAGACGCCGGUAUGGAUGGGGUGAACCAGUGGCCCACCAUCAGUUCCGGGGCUCCAUCCGCACGCUCGGAGUUUGUCUACAACAUCGACGACAUUGACAAUAAUGCAGCCAUCAGAGUUGGCCAGUAUAAGCUGAUUGAAGGUUCUCCGGGACAGUUCAAUGGCUGGACGCCACUGCCGCCACUGACAGCUUCGGACAUGGCCACUGCGUCCUUUCCACAGUAUCAACUGUUCGACAUCGAAGUUGACCCGACGGAGCACAAUGACAUAGCGAAUGAUCACCCAGAUGUAGUUUCCAAACUGGUGAACCGGCUUAAUUUUCACAAAGCAACCAUGGUGCCCUCCAACAUGCAAGCCGCCGACCCUGCCUCCAACCCCGACAACUUUGGCGGCAAUUGGACACCGGGGUGGUGCUAG